AAAAUGGCAAUAAAAUCUUUGUUGUUGCAUGCUUAUUAUAAUCCCACAUUCACUUCAUGUUGUUUAAAACGGAGAAGUUUGUCCCAGAAUUCAGGGUCCGACAUUUUUAGCAAAAGAAGAGGAAUAGUGACAACAAUGGUGUCAAUAGCCUCAUCAAUGGCUUUGAGUUUUGAUGGGAAAUCUGCGAGUGCAUUGGACAUGAGAAUGGUAGCUCCGGAGCAGACGGUGGAAGAGGCGGAGAGCGGGGUAAGAGGGCAUGCGCUUGGUCUGCUGGAAGUGAAAGGACUUAUCGAUUCGGAGUCCUGGGGUGAUGCUCAGAAGUUUCUUAGGAAGAGCUCUUCGUAUUUGAAGCGGGAUCUGUACACCAUUAUCCAAGCUAGGCCUUCCAGUGAGAGGCCUCAGCUUAGGAAGCUCUAUUUUGAUCUCUUCAGCAAUGUUACCAAACUAGAUUAUGCAGCAAGAGACAAGGAUGCUUCUCGUGUGUUGCAGUGCUAUGACAACAUUGUGGUGGCUCUCAACGACAUUUUGUCUAGAAUUUGACUCGUUCCUUCUUCCACUAGGAUAAAUAGAGAAAACUCAUCAAGGAUUGUUCUACUUCCAAGGAGUGUUAGAAGCCAAACAACCUUCCCCUACAUGACAAGUCACAAGUGUAUCCAAUAUUGAUGGAAAUCAACCAAGUCACAAUUAGCCAAUGGAAAAGUGGACCAUUGCACUUUGAUGAGCAUCUUCAGGCCAAAAAGGGCAUUGAUUAGUUCUUCUAUGUAUUCAAGAAUGACAAAGAAUUGAGUAAUGGAUUUGCUUUCUCCUACUUAAGAAUGACAAAGAAUUGAGUAAUGGAUUUGCUUUCUCCUACUUUUUUAAUUUUUUCUUAAACUUAAAGUAAUGUGAUUUGAACUCUUCACCUUAUGGUAGAGUCAGGUACGAUAUUACCAUUAGACUAUACAUGCAGCCACCCUUUUCCCAC